AUGCCUCAAGCCCAGCCAGAGCUCAAGAAGUACCUUGAAAAGCGCAUUCUCGUGUCGCUGAACGGCAGCCGCAAAGUCCAGGGAACCCUCCGAGGAUACGAUGUCUACCUGAACGUUGUGUUGGACGAAGCUGUGGAGGAGAAGAAAGACGGCGGAAAGGAGAGGCUCGGCAUGGUCGUCAUUCGAGGAAACGCUGUUGUUAUGCUCGAGGCGCUCGACCGCAUCAACACAGAC